UAGACAUACGUUUUAGCGGGCGAAUUUUGGUUUUAGUGGCUAGUGGAUUUUCCUAGUGGUUUCGAAAACGUUUACCUUAUAAAGGAAUAUUUUGUCAUUAUGUAGGCAACUCUGUAAAAUGCGCUCUUAAAUAAAUAAAAUAUUGAGAUAAGACUUAGCUUAAAUUUUUAUCAGGCCAUAAAAAAAUAGAAUAAACUGUUGGCGAUGAGAGAUAUGGAAUGUUAUGAAUGACAUGACAUACAUAACCAUAAAAAAAUAGUUAUAAAAUAGGUUAGUUACAUACUUUUCUAUUAAUUCAAUUAGACAAAAAAGGACUUGUAGUUUAAAGUUUGAGGUAAUUCAGGUUAUCGCAGACAUUCCAAAAUCAAAAUGGAACAGGAAGUACCAUCACUAAGCCCACAGUGUAAGUUCUUUGUAUUACGAAAGAAGCGAUUUUGUCGUAUGACGGUGCGCCCUGGAUGGAAUUACUGUGGAGAACACCAACCUCAGAUAAACACAAAAGAUGGAAAGGAUGAAAAGCGAAUACCUUGUCCAAAUGACAAUAAACAUACAUGCUAUGCAAGCAAGCUACAAAAGCACCUCACCAUAUGUAAUGCUCGUCAGCAAGAAGUGCCACCUUAUAUUAAAUACAAUGUUAAUGCUCCACCUGAAACCAAUCCUUUAAAACAACCACUUUCAGAAAUACCAUCCACUCAGAUUGAUCAAAUUAUAAAUAAAGUUAAUCUGCUAUUUGACACAUAUCUUAAUGGUAAAAUAGACACUUUGCCCGAAAGAGAAAUUCAUCCAGCUGUAAUGGAUGAAUUUCUAACAGAAGGAAGAACAGAGAGUUCUUUACGUCACUUAAGACAGGCAUCAAAGUUAAUGCAUAUAAUGGAAGAUGAAAGUUUAGUCAAAGACCAUACCUGUUAUGUUGAACUUGGUGCUGGCAAAGGACAUCUGUCAUAUUUUGCAUGGCAUGCUUGGUGUCCAGCCACAAGUGGCAGCUCCAUUUUGUUGGUAGAGAGAGCCUCACUUAGACACAAGCGAGAUAACAAGAUCCGGAACUUGCUUGACAAUUCAAAUAAAGUAGAAAACAUUGUCCAAAAAUUGAGUCCCGAAUUAUGUACUAAAAACGAAAUGGGCUCACAUAAGAAUAUUAACAAUUAUGGCAAUAAGGAUGACUGUUGUGAAACAAAAUCAGGUCAAAAUCAGUCGGGUAAUAAUAAUAUCAACGAAGAAUCCUUCAGAUUAAGAGCAGAUUUAGCUCACUUGAUAUUAGAUCUUGUUCCAGCCGUACAGAAAACUGAAAGUAUCGUAGGCUUUGCUAAACAUUUGUGUGGAGUAGCUACAGAUUUCUCGUUGCGCUGUCUCUCAUCGGCCAAUACGUUGCCAAAAACUCGUGGUAUACUCAUAGCCACUUGCUGCCACCACCGCUGCAGCUCAAACGGAUAUGUGGCUCACAAACAUCUGAUGGAAUUGGGAAUAGACAAAAGAGAGUUUAACAUAAUGACAGGUAUCGUCUCGUGGGCCACUUGCGGGGAUGGGCGCAGCCGGGACAAACGAGGGGAGCGAAUCGCCGCCGCCGACGUCGCGAGUCUCUCUCGGCGGCGGCGGGAAGAAGUCGGCCGUCGAGCCAAGGCCAUCCUCGACUGGGGCCGAGUGCUCUACCUCAAAGAGUGCGGUUUCGACGCUCGACUGACCUACUUUAUCCCCGACUCGGUCUCACUUGAAAACCUUUGUAUCGUAGCUAAAAAGAAUUGAAAUAUACAACAAUUUAUUGCAAA